CCAAAGUUUUCACUGGUCAACUCCCUUCACCUUUCUGCACUGAGACUAACACACUGUUUUGACUCAUCUUUUGUUUUGGAUCACCAUGGAAGAUAAACUAGCAAGAACAAGUGAAGGACAACCCAUAAGAUGUAAAGCGGCGGUAUGUCGCAAACCAGGUGAGCCACUGAUUAUUGAGGAGAUCAUUGUUGCGCCCCCAAUGCCUCGUGAAGCCAGGAUCCGUAUUAUAUGUACCUCUCUCUGUCACAGCGAUAUCACUUUUUGGAAGAUGCAGGAGCCUCCUGGAAUUUGUCCAAGAAUUCUGGGUCAUGAGGCAAUUGGGGUUGUGGAAAGUGUAGGAGAGGAUGUAACUGAAGUCACAAAAGGAGAUAUGGUUAUCCCAGUUUUCUUACCUGAUUGUGGGGAGUGUAUAGAUUGCAAAUCAACAAAGAGCAACUAUUGUUCAAAGUUUCCUUUCCAUGUGUCUCCUUGGAUGCCUAGAUAUGCUAACACUAGAUUCACGGAUCUAAAAGGAGAGAUCAUACACCAUUUCCUCUUUGUUUCUAGUUUUAGCGAGUACACUGUGGUUGACAUUGCCAAUCUAACCAAGAUUGAUCCGGCAAUUCCUCCCAACAAAGCAUGUCUCCUCAGUUGUGGUGUAUCAACUGGGGUAGGUGCUGCUUGGAGAACAGCAGGUGUGGAGCCAGGUUCUACAGUAGCUAUUUUUGGGCUAGGAUGUAUUGGAUUAGCUGUAGCUGAGGGAGCUAGACUUUGUGGAGCAACUAGGAUUAUAGGUGUGGAUGUCAACCCAGAAAAAUCUGAAAUUGGAAAAAAGUUUGGACUCACAGACUUUAUCCAUGCUGGAGAAUGUGAAAACAAAUCUGUGAGCCAGGUUAUCAUAGAGAUGACUGGUGGGGGAGCAGAUUAUUGCUUCGAAUGUGUUGGUAUGGCAUCAUUGGUGCAUGAAGCAUUUGCUUCUUGUAGAAAGGGUUGGGGAAAAACAAUUGUUUUAGGAGUGGACAAGCCAGGAUCGAAGUUGAGCCUUAGCUCUAGUGAGGUCCUUGUUCAGGGGAAAAGUCUCAUGGGGUCCUUAUUUGGAGGACUGAAACCCAAGUCUCAUGUCCCCAUUCUCCUUAAACGCUACAUGGACAAGGAACUGAAAUUGGAUGAGUUUGUCACACAUGAAGUGGAGUUUAAGGACAUCAAUAAAGCUUUUGAUUUAUUGAUUAAAGGACAGUGUCUUCGAUGUGUCAUUUGGAUGGACAAAUGAUUCAUUCUUGUAUAUGUAAUUGUUG